AGCUCCCUCCCUCCCCAGCUUUCACUUCACACCACAGCUCGACUCACGCCUCUUCCUUGGCGCCAGUCCAAUCCUUGCUUGCUUCCCCACUUUCUUCCUUGGCCAAGUUAACCAGAUCGAUCGACUGAUCCUAUCCAUAGCUCCAGUCCAAGCUCGUUUCUUCAAUCCAAAGUCAAUCGCCCUCAUCCAAGAAAGAUCCAGGAGAAACGAUCAGGGCAUCUCCCAAGCUAAAGAAACCGUGCGUGCGUACUCCCUGUCCAUAACUCCAUAUCCAUCGCCAUGGCCGGAGAAGGAGAGUGCUAUGUCCCUGCCCGUGCACACCACCGGCGUCGUCGGUCGCGCAGAAACUAAGAGAGGAGGGGGAGAAGAAACUCUUUCGGGUUGUUUCUUUGGGGUAGCGAGAAUGCGGCAGCUGUCGUCGCUGCUGCAGGGGCUGGCCCGAUCCAUGGCUCUGGGAAAGGAGAGGAAGGAGGAGGAGCAGGGGACGGUGCUGCGGACGUCGGGGACGCUGCGGGGCGAGGGCUCCGGGACCUUGGCCGCCGUGUGGUCUCGCCGCGGCGAGAAGGGCACCAACCAGGACUGCUCCGUUGUCUGGGAGGGGUUCGGAUGCCAGGAGGACACCAUCUUCUGCGGCAUCUUCGACGGCCACGGCCAGUGGGGACACUACGUCUCCAAGGCCGUCCGGGACUCGCUGCCGCCGUCGCUGGUGCGCCGCUGGCAGGAGGCCGUUACGCUGGCGUCACUCAUCAACGGCGAGAAGAAGCUCUGCCACUCCCAGUUCGACCUCUGGAAGCAGUCCUACCUGGCGGCCGCUGCUGCCGUCGACGAAGAGCUCCGACGCAGCCGCCGCCUCGACGCGGUCAACAGUGGCUCCACUGCUCUGUCCAUCAUCAAGAAGGGUGACACGAUGGUGAUCGCGAACGUCGGCGACUCACGAGCCGUUCUGGGGACCACGUCGGAUGACGGCAGCAUCGCCGCCGUCCAGCUCACCGUCGACUUCAAACCCAACCUGCCUCAGGAGAAGGCGCGCAUCGUGCAGUGCAAGGGUCGCGUGUACUGCGACGAGGACGAGCCCGGCGUGCACCGGGUGUGGCUGCCCGACAGGGAGGCGCGGGGGCUGGCCAUGUCGCGCGCGUUUGGCGACUACUGCGUCAAGGACUACGGCGUCAUCUCGGCGCCGGAGGUGACGCAGAGGAGGAUCACCGCCCGGGACCAGUUCGUCAUCCUGGCCACCGAUGGGGUAAGCAGCCAACCACCUUUUUAUGCCUUGGCUGUUGGCACAAUCCUAUUGCAUCGUCUGAUGGUCGUCGAAAAAUGGCGGCAGGUUUGGGACGUGGUCUCCAACGAAGAGGCGGUGCAGAUCGUGGCGGCCACGCCCGAGAGGGAGAAGGCGGCGAAGCGCCUGGUCCAGUGGGCCGUCCGUGCCUGGAGGCGCAAGCGGCGGGGCUACGCCGUCGACGACUGCUCGGCGAUCUGCCUCUUCUUCCACCACUCGCCGCCAUCGUAGACGGACGGCUUCGUCCCUGCAUUGCCGUGAAGACCAAGCAAGAGAAAACGCCCGUCCUUUUCUUGGUAGAGUGAGUGCAGACGUCGCGGUCAGAGACCAAAAUGGAAGAUCACAGCAAAUCACAACGUGCGGCAGUCGGGACGGUGGGCGAACUGCUGCCGGUCGACGGCCGGAAAAUCUCCCCCAAAAUGCACGAGAAUCAACAGCAGCCAACGGCAAGGGGGCAAAUGCAUUUUUGUCCUCAUUUUUUGUGUAUGCCUCCGUCUCUGUUAUGACGGGAAAUCGUCACAAUCAUUGCCUUGUUAUCUGUGUACAUCAAUCACAACAGGGUCAUACAUCACCGCCUUUGGCGCCGAUAAUUUGCGCCCAAAACAA